AAAUGUCUUCUUGGGUCAGGCUCUCGAAAGCAAAGCCCAAGGGGCCCGGCUGGACUGUUGCGUGCCGGGCGGUGGUCCGCGCGCCGAGCCCCUGGCGCCGCAAAGAGAUCGUGCGGGGGCUCCCCCUGCGGCGCCCGAGCCGCCGCGUCCACGUCCAGGGGGCGCGUGCCUGGCUACCGCCCCCCACCCUGAGGAGCGGCGUGCCCUCGGGGUCUGCCCGGAACGUGCCAGCACGGCGCUCGCGGCUCCUGGACAGCCCCGGGACUCUGCCAGGUGGAUGUUGUGCGUAGCUGGAGCCAAGUUGAAGAGGGAACUCGAUGCCACCGCAACAGUAUUGGCGAACCGGCAAGAUGAAAGCGAACAGUCCAGAAAGCGGCUUAUCGAGCAGAGCCGGGAGUUCAAGAAGAACACUCCAGAGGAUUUGCGCAAGCAGGUAGCGCCGCUGCUGAAGAGCUUCCAGGGGGAGAUUGAUGCACUGAGUAAAAGAAGCAAAGAAGCUGAGGCAGCCUUCUUGAAUGUCUACAAAAGAUUGAUUGAUGUUCCAGAUCCCGUGCCAGCUCUGGACCUCGGGCAGCAGCUCCAGCUCAAGGUGCAGCGCCUGCACGACAUUGAAACGGAGAACCAGAAACUUAGGGAGACUCUGGAAGAAUACAACAAGGAAUUUGCUGAAGUGAAAAAUCAAGAGGUUACGAUAAAAGCACUUAAAGAGAAAAUCCGAGAAUAUGAACAGACUCUGAAGAACCAAGCUGAGACCAUAGCUCUCGAAAAGGAACAAAAGUUACAAAAUGAUUUUGCAGAAAAGGAGAGAAAGCUGCAAGAGACACAGAUGUCUACCACCUCAAAGCUGGAGGAAGCGGAACACAAAGUUCAAACUCUGCAAACAGCCCUGGAAAAAACUCGAACAGAAUUAUUUGACCUGAAAACCAAAUAUGAUGAAGAAAUUACUGCCAAGGCCGACGAAAUUGAAAUGAUCAUGACGGACCUUGAAAGAGCAAACCAGAGGGCAGAGGUGGCUCAGAGAGAGGCGGAGACCUUAAGGGAGCAGCUCUCGUCAGCCAACCACUCUCUCCAGCUGGCCUCGCAGAUCCAGAAGGCGCCGGACGUGGAGCAGGCCAUAGAGGUGCUGACCCGCUCCAGCCUGGAAGUUGAGUUGGCAGCCAAAGAGCGGGAGAUCGCCCAGCUGGUGGAGGACGUGCAGAGACUCCAGGCCAGCCUCACCAAACUGCGCGAGAACUCGGCCAGCCAGAUCUCCCAGCUCGAGCAGCAGCUGAGUGCCAAGAACAGCACGCUCAAACAACUGGAAGAAAAACUCAAAGGACAGGCUGACUACGAGGAGGUGAAGAAAGAACUAAACAUUCUGAAAUCCAUGGAGUUCGCACCGUCCGAGGGAGCUGGGACAAAGGAUGCAUCCAAGCCCCUGGAGGUGCUGCUGCUGGAGAAGAACCGCUCGCUGCAGUCUGAGAACGCCGCGCUGCGCAUCUCCAACAGCGACCUGAGCGGGUCAGCCAGGAGAAAAGGGAAAGACCAGCCUGAGAGUCGGCGUCCUGGACCUUUGCCGGCCUCCCCUCCUUCUCAGUUGCCCCGCAACACGGGGGAGCAGGCUUCCAAUACUAACGGUACACACCAGUUCUCACCAGCGGGGUUAACUCAAGACUUUUUCAGCUCAUCCCUGGCAAGCCCCAGCCUACCCCUGGCUUCUACGGGAAAAUUUGCACUAAACUCUCUCCUCCAACGACAGCUAAUGCAGUCCUUCUACUCCAAGGCCAUGCAGGAAGCAGGAAGCACAAGCAUGAUUUUUUCAACAGGUCCAUACAGCACAAACUCCAUAUCUUCCCAAAGUCCAUUACAACAAAGCCCAGAUGUAAAUGGCAUGGCCCCGUCUCCCAGCCAGUCAGAAAGUGCUGGGAGCGUCUCCGAGGGCGAGGAGAUAGACACUGCAGAAAUCGCCCGGCAGGUGAAAGAGCAGUUGAUCAAGCACAAUAUCGGACAGCGCAUUUUCGGACAUUAUGUCUUGGGACUGUCUCAAGGGUCCGUGAGCGAGAUUCUGGCCCGGCCCAAGCCCUGGAAUAAACUGACCGUGCGUGGCAAGGAGCCGUUUCACAAGAUGAAGCAGUUCCUCUCGGACGAGCAGAACAUCUUGGCCCUGCGCAGCAUCCAAGGCAGACAAAGAGAGAAUCCAGGCCAGAGCCUGAACAGACUAUUUCAGGAAGUACCGAAACGAAGAAAUGGGUCUGAAGGUAAUAUCACCACCCGGAUCCGAGCCUCCGAGACCGGGUCUGAUGAAGCAAUCAAGUCCAUCCUGGAGCAAGCCAAAAGGGAGCUGCAAGUCCAGAAAACCGCAGAGCCAGCCCAGCCUGCCUCGGCAUCCGGCAGCGGCAACUCGGACGACGCCAUCCGCUCCAUCCUGCAGCAAGCCCGCCGAGAGAUGGAGGCCCAGCAGGCCGGCCUCGACCCUGCCUUAAAGCAGCCGCCGCCGUCCCAGACUGACAUCGCCAUCCUCGCCCCCAAGUUAAUGUCCUCCUCGCCCCUGUCCUCGGUGUCCGGUUACUCUCCUCUCGCCAUCUCCCUGAAGAAGCCCCCCGCAGCCCCUGAGUCCAGUGCCGCCACUCUGCCAAACCCCCCGGCCCUCAAAAAGGAGUCCCAGGACGCGCCGGGACUGGACCUGCAGGUGGCGGCUGAUUCCGCACAGGGCGUCCUGAGACACGUGAAGAACGAGCUCGGCCGCAGCGGCGUGUGGAAGGACCACUGGUGGAGCACCGUCCAGCCCGAGAGGAAGGGCGCCCUGUCCUCUGAGGAUGCAAAGGGGGAAGAAGGCAGCGGUGGGAAAGAGAAAGGCGGCGGCGGCCAGGCUCGGGCCGAGCGCGGCCAGCUGCAGGGCCCCUCCUCCUCAGAGUACUGGAAAGAGUGGCCCAGCGCCGAGUCGCCAUACUCCCAGAGCUCGGAGCUCAGCCUGACUGGAGCCAGCCGCAGCGAGACGCCCCAAAACAGCCCUCUGCCUUCCUCCCCAAUCGUGCCCAUGUCCAAGCCCGCCAAGCCCUCCGUCCCGCCACUGACCCCGGAGCAGUACGAGAUCUACAUGUACCAGGAGGUGGACACCAUUGAGCUCACCCGGCAGGUCAAAGAGAAGCUGGCCAAGAACGGCAUCUGUCAGAGGAUCUUCGGGGAGAAGGUGCUGGGUCUGUCCCAGGGCAGUGUCAGCGACAUGCUGUCCCGGCCGAAGCCAUGGAGCAAGCUGACCCAGAAAGGCCGAGAACCCUUCAUCCGGAUGCAGCUCUGGCUGAACGGCGAGCUAGGCCAAGGAGUUCUGCCCGUCCAAGGGCAGCAGCAAGGGCCAGUCCCCCAUUCUGUGACGUCACUACAGGACCCCCUGCAGCAGGGCUGUGUGAGCUCAGAAAGCACUCCAAAGACCUCCGCCAGCUGCAGCCCCGCACCCGAAUCACCGAUGAGCUCUAGCGAGUCAGUGAAGAGUUUGACUGAACUGGUCCAGCAGCCCUGCCCCCCCAUUGAAGCAAACAAGGAUGGCAAACCCCCAGAACCCAGCGACCCGCCCACUUCAGACUCCCAGCCCACCACCCCACUGCCUCUCUCCGGACACUCAGCCCUCAGCAUUCAAGAGCUGGUGGCCAUGUCCCCAGAGCUGGACACCUACGGUAUAACCAAGAGGGUCAAGGAGGUGCUGACGGACAACAACCUCGGUCAGCGCUUAUUUGGGGAGACCAUCUUGGGGCUCACCCAAGGCUCCGUCUCUGACCUCCUUGCACGCCCAAAGCCUUGGCACAAGCUCAGUCUGAAGGGACGGGAGCCCUUUGUCCGGAUGCAGUUGUGGCUGAAUGACCCCAACAACGUGGAGAAGCUGAUGGACAUGAAACGGAUGGAAAAGAAAGCCUACAUGAAGCGGCGGCACAGCUCGGUCAGCGACAGCCAGCCCUGCGAGCCGCCCUCCGUCGGCGUCGACUACAGCCAGGGUGCCAGCCCGCAGCCCCAGCACCAGCUGAAGAAACCCCGAGUGGUGCUGGCUCCAGAGGAGAAAGAAGCUCUGAAGCGAGCGUAUCAGCAAAAGCCAUACCCGUCACCAAAAACCAUCGAGGAACUCGCCACCCAGCUCAACUUGAAAACCAGCACCGUCAUCAACUGGUUCCACAACUACAGGUCUCGGAUCCGCAGAGAACUGUUCAUUGAGGAGAUUCAAGCUGGGAGCCAGGGCCAGGCUGGGGCCAGCGAUUCCCCAUCUGCCCGAAGCGGCCGGGCAGCACCUAGCUCAGAGGGCGACAGUUGCGACGGCGUGGAGGCUACUGAGGGCCCUGGCGCAGCGGACGCCGAGGAGCCGGGCGGCCCCGUGGCCGCCGCCAAGUCUCAGGGAGGGCCCGCGGCCGAGGUGGCCGUGGCCCCAGAAGAGAGGGAGGAGGCACCGCGGCCGGCAGAGAAGACAGAGCCACCGCCCUCGGGGACCCAGACCCCGGACAUCCCGGAAGACGAGGGCCGGCCCGGGGCGCCCCGGCCGCCAGUCGAGGGCCCCACGGAGGGCCCGGGGCCCGUGCCAAACCCCGCCGCCGCGCCCACGGCCGGGGAGGACGCCGCUACCUCAGCCGCCCCGCCGGGGGAAGGCCCCUGCAAGGCCCGAGACGGCGCCGACAGGAGUUCCGCUUUGCCAAGCACCAGCGCGCCCGCGGCCACCCGCAGGGCCGGCUCGCUGCAGAGCCUCUUCGGCCUCCCGGAGGCGGCGGGCGCCAGGGACUCCCGAGACAACCCCUUACGGAAGAAGAAGGCCGCAAACUUGAACAGCAUAAUCCACCGCCUGGAGAAGGCCGCCAGCCGCGAGGAGCCCAUCGAAUGGGAGUUCUGA